AUGACCUCGAGAGCCGCCAAAAAAGCCGCGAAGCAGGCCAAAGCAGCCUACGACGCCUACGACGAUGGCACAGAUUUUGUAGAGCCGGUGUCUCUACCAACUUCAUUCCGCUUCUUCGACCUGCCAUCCGAAAUUCGGCUACAAGUCUACCAUUUUGUACUUUUUACGCCGACGAAAAAAACCGCGAAAAGGAACGCAGGCGCCGUUGGCGCCUCCGCGAAAAAGGCCAAACUUGUGGCGCCGGCCACACAACGCAUCGCUCUAUUCCGAGUAUCGAAGCGCGUCCAUGAAGAAGCCAGUCACUUUUUCUACUCGUCUCAGAUUUUCCGAAUUUUCUACAUCCAAGACUUUUCGCGACGACCGACCCUCCGAGGCAUACCCCGCUGCUACCGUCCGUUGAUCACAACCGUUGAAUUAAUUUUGGGAAAUAGCUGGACAGCACCGCCGAAAUCAUGGGCUGUUGAUAACGCAAUGGGGUUGGAGGAGAUGUCUCUCCUGCACACGUUAAGGGUGUUUGUCGAAUGUGAUCCCUCACAGCCUCACUUCGAGGGCUUCCGUGUUUCCAAGGAAUACUACACCGAGUUUUCUGGCAGAUUGCUGAAGGAGAUACUGGAACGACUGCCUGCUUUGAAAUGCGUGGAAUUCGAUGCAUAUACGUCUGUCAAGAGGGACGGUUCCCUGAUGAGUCGCUUGAUGAAAGAGGUUCGGGCGGCCAACAAGAAAAUCACUUGGGGUCCUGAGAGAGGAUGGACAGACGAUGACGAGAUCGGCUAUGUCUAUCAUGAAGAUCCGAUACCUGUUGAGGCUUUCGAGCCGCUGCACUCUUAUGAACCUGAACCCAUUGAUGAGUUGGCUCGCCGGGUUCAGGAUCUCGAUAUCGCUAUCGAAGUAAGAUCUUAA